AUGGAUGAACAAACUCCUCUCAUUUCCUCUGUCCGCGUAGAACGGAGGACUAGACGAUACCACCACUCAGUCAUCCGUCGCUUCUGUACUGUCGCCUUAUCGAGCAUUCUCAUCGUGAUUGUCAUAUGCUUCUUCCUGCCUUUUGCGCUGCUUCCAAGGGGCCACGAUUCACUCACCGCAUACCUCCCUUGGUCUCGCCUCUUCCCGAAAGCAUGGCCCCAGAGCACGGGAAUCACGUACAGCGAGCUUCAAGCUCUGCUCUUGGAGACCCCGAACGAGGACAAAGUUCGUGCGUGGAGCAAGUACUAUACUGCCGGCCCACAUCUUGCCGGCAAGAACCUUAGCCAGGCCAUCUGGACACGAGAAAAAUGGGAAGAGUUUGGAGUCAAGUCGGACAUUGUGGCCUACGACGUCUAUAUCAACUACCCUGUCUCACACCGACUCGCUUUGCUGCAAGGAGACAAAGUCGAGUACGAGUGUAGCUUGGAAGAGGACAUCAUCGACGAAGACCCGAGCACGGCUCUCCAGGACCGUAUACCGACCUUCCACGGCUACUCCGCAAGUGGCAAUGUCACCGCCCCGUACGUCUAUGUCAAUUUCGGUACAUAUCAGGAUUUUGAAGAUCUACUGGCUGCAAAUAUCAGCCUGGCUGGAAAGAUUGCCUUAGCAAAAUAUGGAAAAAUCUUUCGCGGUCUCAAAGUCAAGCGAGCACAAGAGUUGGGUAUGAUUGGAGUCGUCAUGUACUCCGACCCACAAGAAGACGGGGAAAUCACGGAGGAGAAUGGCUACAAGCCAUAUCCUGAAGGCCCAGCCAGGAAUCCAAGCAGCGUGCAGCGAGGCAGUACGCAGUACCUGAGCACUCUCCCGGGAGAUCCAACCACGCCCGGUUACCCAUCAAAGCCAGGAGUGCCGCGGGUCGAUCCUAACGGCUCCACUCCCAAGAUACCGUCGCUACCAAUAUCAUACGCCGACGCGCUUCCUCUGCUGAAAGCUCUCAAUGGGUACGGGCCCAACGCAAGCUCAUUCAGCGAUGCCUGGCAUGGCGGUGGGCUGGGAUAUAAAGGAGUGGACUACUACAUUGGACCGUCGCCGAGCGAUUUGACUCUGAAUCUGGUCAAUGAGCAAGAAUAUGUUACGACGCCCCUCUGGAACGUAAUUGGUGUAAUCAACGGCACGGUCCCUGACGAGGUCAUUGUCCUCGGAAACCACAGAGAUGCCUGGAUCGCAGGGGGUGCCGGCGAUCCAAAUUCUGGCUCUGCCGCCCUCAACGAGGUCAUCCGCUCUUUUGGUGAGGCACUCAAGGCUGGUUGGAAACCGUUCCGUACCAUUGUGUUUGCAAGCUGGGACGGAGAAGAGUACGGACUGGUUGGCUCAACGGAAUGGGUCGAAGAAUACCUUCCCUGGCUGUCCUCCAGCACGGUGGCGUACCUCAAUGUCGACGUUGGAAGCCGUGGCAAACAUUUUGAUGCUGCAGCAUCACCCUUGCUCAACAAGCUGAUUUACAAUGUGACGGACACUAUACCUUCACCCAACCAGACCGUUAAAGGGCAGUCUGUUGGCGACACUUGGAGCGGCAAGAUUCGCACAAUGGGCUCCGGCAGUGACUUUACCGCAUUUCAAGAUUUCGCCGGUAUCCCGUCCCUCGAUCUUGGAUUUGGCAGCGGUCCAAAGGAUGCAGUCUAUCACUACCAUUCGAAUUACGACAGCUUCCAUUGGAUGGACAAGUACGGUGACAAAGAUUGGCACUACCACGUCGCAGUGACGAAGAUCUGGGCAUUGCUCGCCGCUCAGUUGGCCGAAUCCGCAGUUUUGCCUCUUAGCGCAAAGGACUAUGCACAAGGCCUUGGAAAUUACCUCGAAGACGUCAAGGAAAGGUCGAAAAAGUCGCUUAUCUCAUCAAGUUUCAGCUUCCAGCACUUGGACAAGGCCACCGCAAAAUUGCAUCAUGCGGCCUCGCACUUUGAUGCUUACACGACACAAUUAAAGGAUAGACUGGGAGAGGACAUCCCAUGGUGGAAGUGGUGGAAAAAGGUCAGGCUUUACUACGAGGUUAGGAGAGUGAAUGCAAAGUACAAGCUGCUGGAGAGACAAUUCCUCUUUCCAGGUGGGCUUGACGAUCGAUCCUGGUUCAAACAUGUGGUAUUUGCUCCAGGGCGGUGGACUGGUUAUGCCGGUGCAACAUACCCCGGGCUCGUGGAGAGCUUCGAGGACAACAAUACCACGAAUGCAGAACGCUGGAGUGAGAUUAUUGUUGAUAGGCUGCACGCAGCCACCAGUUUACUGUCAUGA